CGCAUGUGCGCGGAGUGCCCCUGUCGCUGUUCAGCUCCUGCCCAUUCAAAGAGAAGAGAAGUGGCUGCAAGUGCACUCGAGUUAAUGAGGAAGCUGCUAGAGAAUGCUGAAUGCAGCUCAAGGGGGUGGGAGAGAAUGCGUCAUCACUCACACAAACAGAAAGGAAGGGCACCAGAUGAGCUACAAUAAUCACCGCACCAGGAAGGCAGCCCCAUCCUAGGCAUGUUUACGCAGAAGAAGUACCACUGAGUCCAUUGGGGCUUACUCCCAAGUGAAGCAUUUGCACCUUUGAACAGAUGAAAGAUGAUCCUUUUUCCUUUGAUGUUUUAUCUGUGGUCAACAAGCAAUGCGGAGAAUGAAAGUAUUUCAAAACCGAAUAUUGUCUUAAUCAUGGUUGAUGACCUUGGCAUUGGAGACUUGGGAUGCUAUGGGAACACGACCCUAAGAACUCCCAAUGUCGACAGCUUAGCAAAAAAAGGAGCAACAUUAACUCAACAUAUAGCAGCUGCACCACUAUGUACCCCAAGCAGGGCAGCUUUUUUGACAGGCCGGUAUCCUGUCAGAUCAGGAAUGGCUAGUUUAAAUCGACUUGGAGUCUUCUUAUUUUCUGCCUCUUCCGGUGGACUGCCUACUGAAGAAAUAACAUUUGCAAAACUUAUGCAGCAGCAGGGUUAUUCUACAGCUCUUAUAGGCAAGUGGCAUCUUGGGAUUAAUUGCAACAGCAGUGAUGACUUCUGCCACCACCCCUUAAAUCAUGGUUUUGAUUACUUCUAUGGGAUCCCUGUAAACAAUAUUAGAGACUGCAGACCUGGGCAUGGAAGCGUGUUUGCCAGUGGGAUUAAAAUGUACAUUCCUACAACCCUACAGAUCACAGGAACUGCUUUAAUCUCUUUGGCAGUUCUGCAUUACAUUGGUCUCCUCAGAGUUUCUCACAGAGUGCUGGGCUACUCCUUCUUAAUGACUGCACUGUUACUUGGACUCUUGAUGUAUUUCUUCUAUAACUUUCGGUAUCUGAACUGCUUCUUGAUGAGAAAUCAUGAUAUUGUCCAGCAACCCUGGAGCUAUGAGAACCUCAUGCAGAGGUUUACAGAAGAAGCCAAAAGGUUUAUUAAAAGGAACUCUGAUGCACCAUUUCUUCUUCUGCUGUCUUACCCUCAGGUCCAUACAGCUCUUUAUGUUUCUCAGGAUUUCAAAGGAAAGAGCAAGCAUGGAUUAUAUGGGGAUGCUGUGGAAGAAAUGGACUGGAGUGUAGGGCAGAUUCUCCAUGCAUUAGAUCAAUGGCACCUAAGUGAGAGGACUCUUGUGUACUUCACAUCUGAUCAAGGGGCACAUCUUGAAGAAAUAUCAAGCAACGGAGAGGUCCAUGGGGGUUAUAAUGGAAUUUAUAAAGGUGGAAAGUCUACUAACUGGGAAGGAGGGAUUCGAGUGCCUGGUCUUGUUCGCUGGCCAGGAGUUGUUGAACCCAAUAUAAGUAUUGAUGAGCCAACCAGUAAUAUGGAUAUUUUCCCUACCAUUGUUAAACUUGCUGGAGCGCCACUCCCCAUGGACAGAAUUAUUGAUGGACAUGACCUGAUGCCCUUGCUUCAAGGCAUUGCUCUCCAAUCCAAGCAUGAAUUUCUCUUCCAUUACUGCAAUGCAUAUUUAAAUGCAGUGCGCUGGCAUCCAGGAAACAGUAAAUCAAUUUGGAAGGCAUUUUUCUUCACUCCAAAUUUCAGUCCCAAAGGCUCAAAUGGCUGCUAUGAUUCUCAUGUGUGUUUUUGUCAUGGAAAUUUCAUCACACACCAUGAUCCACCAUUACUUUUUGAUCUUUCCAAAGAUCCAGAAGAAAAAAACUCACUAACACCAGAAACCGAGAGUCAUUUCUAUGAAAUCCUCCAGGUCAUUCAACAAGCAGUAAACAACCACACCAAGUCACUGACUGUGGUUCCCAAUCAAUUUUCACUGGGGAAUAUUCUGUGGAAGCCCUGGCUCCAGCCAUGUUGCUCUUCUUUCAUCCAGUUUUGCUACUGUAACAAUGACUCAUGAGGGGGAAAUGCCCAAAGUUUGAUGAUAUUAAUGUACAAAUGUACAGAAAACCAUAUCAGGGGCAAGAAUGGUGGAAAGAUUGCCUUUCCUCCAUUUCUCAAGCAAUGUUGCCCAAAUAGUCAAUAACAUUAUUACAUCAUAUAAUAUACCUGCACAUUUUCAAAACCUGCAGAUAAUUAUGCUUCAUUUACACAUUUACUUGCAAUUAAGCAUCAAACAUUUUGAGCUAUGUUAGAGCAAUGCUUUGCUCAAGAGGCACAAGAAGAUAAUAGAAACAUGGCUACAUGGGCAUUCCUCUUGACAGGUAAUACACAACCUGCAAUGCAGGAACAAACCAUCCUCAUCACACCUCCACUACCUUCAGUGACAUCUGCUGAGUGGCAGGUUGGACAACUAUAUCCUAUAAGCCUGUCAACUGCAAUAAUCCAUGUUGCAAUUGUACCAUCCAGUAUUAGAGGGGGAAGAACCAGUGUAGCUGGCUCUGUGAUCACUGAACUGUCUUAAGGGUGGUGUAUGGAAGAAUUUCCCAGAGUCCUCUCUCAAUCACUCCCAUAUUAUAUCCUUUCCAUUAAGUUCUGUGCCACCCAAUAGACUCUGUAUUUAUCCAGCAUCUUGUCUGUGCCCAUUUUCAAAAUCAAUGUCCUAUCUCUCACACUUUGAAAAGCCAGAGUAAGUACCAACAAGAUAUCACAAUGAAGAAUAUCUCAAAAUAUUACUAGAUUCUCAUGUCAGAAAAUGUCUGUUUCUGGAUAGGAAAAUGCCCAAUAGGGAGCUGGUUCUGAAAACCAAUGCAUGAUGAGAAGCAAAAGCACAUAUUACACCAUUCCCCAGUUCUGCAUAGGCACAUGGGAGUGGAAUGUCCAAAUUAAUGGCCUAACUGCAUGGAUAAAAUAGUACAGUAGAGUAGUAAUUUAACCACAUGAAGAGGUGCAAUUCAGAUGUUCUGUCUUCUACAUGACUAUACGAGGGGAGGAUGAUAUGCUGGAGAGUGUGCCAGUCACUUCUCAUUAUAUAUUGGGGGCUAGUCAGAAGCCUGUUGCCAAACAAGCAGAAUAUUAAUUAUUCAUGAGUAUAUUUGAACAACAUUAUAAUUAGAAUAGCAGCAUCCAGACUAACACUGCCUUUACAUUAAAAUGUUGUCGUGUGCAACCAUUUUUCCAAAGUCCCCCGUUGCUAUGACCCCUUGUCCCCAUUGCACUGUUAUCACUGUUCCUAGUAAUGAGGAAAUCUCUGCCUGAAUGCAUUGCUCUGAUUUGAGGAAAUUGGUCAUUCUGGCCAGUCUUUUCCUAGGUUCUGCAGGUCACUAGUGCGAUUGUAGGGGACUAGAAAAUGCCACUCUGAUAGCCACUGCCCUGGGCAUGCACAGAAGGUGCCAAAAUAGACCAAGCAUCAAAGUACUGAGAUUGGAAUGCAGUUUCUCUCCCUUAACGAGCAAACACCCAGAUAAGCCAAGGAACCAAGAACACAUUCCCUGAUGACAAAACUCUUAGAGGCUAUUCACACGAGCGUUCAAAACCAGGCGAAGGGAGACCAGCCUGGUUUUGCAUGCUUAUGUGAACUGCCGGGAUUGGGCCUGAUCCUGGCAGCUACACGGCGGCAAACUCUCGUGAAGCUUUCCUCUUAAAUGAGGUUAAGGUAGCGAGUGCUCCUUUGACCUCAUUUUUUUGAUUGUGUGUCAGCCUGAUACGCUGGGGGGGAGAGGUGGAUCCCAAUAAGGCACCUCACACUCACAUGGUGCAUUAUUGGAGCUCCAGGGGGCAGGGCAAUGUGUCCUGGCACCCCAACCCCGGAAGCUGCAGUGGGAGCUGCUGCUCAUCUGGGCGGGUGAUCCACCUGCCCAGGGAAGACAAUGAGAUUGUCUGUGCGGAGAGUGAGUCAACCCCACACUCCCCGCAGACCUCUACGGAGCUCUUCUCAUUACUCCUUAGAUUCAGUCAAGUGAGCCAUGCUGAUUAUCAGUGCCCUUCUUACCCUUGCAGUUGUCUCCCUUGGAAGAUCACCUAGUCAGCCUUUGGUUUUCAGAGGAAUGUCUAAGAGAACAUCCAUAGGAAAUUAACUGAAGCCUUCCCAGGAAAUGAAAGGUAAUCAUUUCUAAAGAAAUGCCACAAGAAAGCAAACUCCUUGUCCAAGUGUAAAAUCUGUUCCUCACUACUGAUUGGAUAUGAAAACCAGAACCUCUUUGUAUUAGAUUAUUUUCACCGGUGGAGCUACACACCCAUAGUGAUAUCCCUCUUCAGGCUAUUCAGCUCAUUCAUGCUAGAGCAGGGCUUCUCAACAUGUGGGUCCCCAGAUGUUAUUGGACUUCAACUCCCAUAAUCCCCAGCCCCAGUGGCCUUUGGUUGGGAAUUAUGGGAGCUGAAGUCCAAUUACAUCUGGGGACCCACACGUUGAGAAUCCCUGCGCUAGAGCCAGCAUGGUGUUGUGGUUAGAAUUCUGGACUAGGACCGGGGAGACUGAGUUCGAAUCCCCAUUCAUCCAUGAUAGUUGCUGGGUGACUGUGGGCCAGUCACUUCUCUCUCAGCCUAACCUACUUCACAGGAUUGUUGUGAGGAGAACUUUUAGUAUGUAGUACACCACUCUGGGCUCCUUGGAGGAAGAGAGGAAUAUAAAUGUAAAAUAAUACUAAUAAAUUAUAAUUUAAGUUUUCCUAGAAAUUAUAGCUGGCCACCGAAAGGCAUCAGUACCGAGAUUAGAAUUCUAGAAGGUGGAAGGUACUUAGCCCUCUUGUGUUUGACCCCCAAAGAGCUAAAUAUUUAGGAUAAUAAAAACCCCUCCUUAGAGUUACUAAUUUUGACUUCAUCACCUAGAACAAUUCCAUAUUGUGCUGUUCCCAAGGAUUGAGAUUACCCACUUCUUGCUAACCUGACUAUCCACCCCAGGGAGAGUGCGCAUUCUGUGGAUGAAUCCUAGAGAUUCUCAAACCUGAGCAUCUCAACUGAAGUCACUAUUUUUGACCUCCUCAGUUCCCUGCAAUCCACACACCUAGCUGCCCAGAGUUUCCUUUGUCAAGUGGAUCUGCCUUCUCAUUGUUCCAGCACAAAGCAAAAUUGCAAGAUAGGUAGCUAUAGAACUGUUCUCUCUCCACUCUCAGCCCUCCCAUUUUCUAGUAUCCACAGCUCUAUUUCCUUCCUCUGCACUAAAUGUGUAUUAGGGGCAACUCUAUGCCAUUCUCAGAACAUUAACCCCCUAAAGGAAGAUCACUGCCAGCAAAUCUGCUGAUGUAUUAACCACUGCUUUUCAUUUGUACACCUCUGAAUUUCCAAUAAAACCUAACUUGGCUUUCAAGAAACAUGUCUACACUUUAUGCUUCCCUUCUGAGUGCUCUAAUGCAGGUGUAUCCUAUCCACGGUCAGCUUUCCCAGUACCUCAGUCUAUAAUUUGGCUGUAUGCAGGUUUGCACUAAGUUGAGUUAAAUUCCCACAUUAAGCCAAAGCAUAGCCACCAAAGGUGAUAACUACCACACUUCAGAGCAAACUUGUUAAUAAAUAUAUUGAUGGAAAAGGUGUGUGAGUCAUAAAACUGGUAACAGUUAUGGGAAGGCAGUCCUGAAUCUUCCCUCUGCUGCUCUAGAUGCCUCCUCUGAAAAUUUAUCCCUGAGGGCUGGAAGACCCUAACACAGGAGCAAGGGAACUCAUGUAUGGGAAAUGUUCUACAUCAGGAUAAGCAUUAGUCUAUAUGCUGCCUGUUAAUUUUACAAUUAUAUGCUACAUAUUUUUUUGAAGUGUUUAAGUACUUCAUACACAAGAAAUACUUUCUGUCAUAGCAUGAGCCAUAAUUCAUUUUAGUCAUUUGCUGUUUGUACAUAGUACUAAAUACCUUCUAUUUCCCAACUCUGUACCUAUUAAACAUAACUUUGUUUAUUUA